AUGUCUGCCCGUUGUUUAAGACACUUCCUUUACCUUGUGAAAACCGCGUCUCUUGUAGGACAUGGUGGCGUGAACCAGCUUGGAGGCGUCUUCGUAAAUGGCAGGCCCCUCCCAGACGUAGUUCGGCAACGAAUCGUAGAGCUCGCUCAUCAAGGCGUGCGGCCCUGUGACAUCUCACGCCAGCUACGAGUCAGCCACGGAUGUGUCAGCAAGAUACUGGGCAGGUACUAUGAAACGGGCAGUAUCCGCCCCGGGGUAAUCGGGGGAUCCAAACCAAAGGUUGCUACACCCAAAGUGGUCGACAAGAUUGCCGAUUACAAACGCCAAAACCCCACCAUGUUUGCCUGGGAGAUCAGGGACCGGCUCCUGGCUGAGAGAGUGUGUGACAACGACAGCGUCCCAAGUGUCAGCUCCAUCAACAGGAUCAUUCGGACUAAGGUUCAGCAGCAGCCGGGCCAAACAAGCUCAGUGUCGGCUCACAACUUAGCGACGUCUGUGGCUGCUACACCCGUCUCAGUAGUUACAAGCGACUCGGCUGGCUCCUCCUACUCCAUCAGCGGCAUCCUGGGAAUCAGCUCAGCUGCUGAUGUGGGCAAGAGAAAGAGGGAUGAAGGUUUACAAGAAUCACCACUGGCUAAUGGACAUACACAUAGCGGGCGGGACUUCCUGAGGAAGCAGAUGAGAGGGGAGCUGUUCUCGCCGCAGCAGAUCGAGGUACUGGACCGCCUGUUUGACAGACAGCCAUCCUGUCCAAUCCAAUCCAGCUCUGACCUCUAUGUGAGCCCUGACUCUGGCAAGACGUCUGAUUAUUCAGCCAUGGCCUCACUAGCUGGUGGACUUGAUGAGAUGAAGAGCAAUUUGGCCAAUCCUGGUACAGGGGCGGAGCUAGGAGCCAGCGUCUCCGGUCCUCAGUCUUAUUCGCUAGUUCCAGGUCGUGACCUUGCCAGCACCACACUCCCGGGCUACCCUCCUCACGUCCCACCUACCGGACAGGGCAGCUACUCCACCCCAUCCCUCACUGGCAUGGUACCUGGUGGCGAUUUCUCCGGAAGUCCAUAUUCCCAUCCUCAGUAUUCCACAUACAAUGAAUCGUGGAGAUUUCCUAAUCCCAGUUUAUUAGUGUUUCAGCAGGACUAUGGGUCUCUCCUGGGGACGGAAAUUGGCUGCUCCUCCAGUCUCUUCACCAGCCAGGCAGGACAGAUGCAAGGGUCACCAUAUUAUUACAGCGCGACAUCACGGGGAACAGGCCCGGCUUCCACGGCAACAGCUUCCGCCUACGACCGCCACUGACCCCCUUCAACCAAGAGGAGAGGAGGGUGAGGAGAAGAAGCCACCGAUGGAGGGAUGGAUAGCACCAGCACUGCUCAGUACAAGGCUGCAUGCGCAUGGACAACAGUGAGAAGAAGAUUUUUUUCUUUUUGUUUUCUCUUAACGUGCUGGAAAUGUUGCAUUCCUGUAAGGACACUGUCAGGACAGACAGAAGAAUGGUUUCAACUUUUAAUAAAAAGGCCAAUUUAGAACAUUUGGAUACUCCCACGGCAUCUUAUGGUUUUGUUUUUGUUUAACAAAUCGUCUGCAAAUCAAGAAGACAUUACCCAGUGUGUGCAGCAGUGAUUAUGUAAAAUAAUGUAGAUGUGAUCUCUUGGGUAUAAUAUUUUGUUUUUGUAAGAUUGGGAUUAUUUUUGAAAGAAAAUAUCUGAAUUAGAACAAAAUCACGCUUCACACAGACACCACUCACUCAAUUUUCUCUACCAUGUAUCGACAAGGUAAAGACAAUCCAGUUCUCCUAAAUGACCAAAAUUGCUCACUGUGCCAUAACAUUUGAGCAUUUUUGCUUUAGAAUCAAUCCUUUUAACCUGGGAUCACAGUGCUUUAAAGGGGUCAUAUUGUGCAAGUCAUUGU